UGAAAUAUUGAAAUUGUAACCUCAUUCAUCCCCAGUUAGACCAAAAAGCAGACUAGCCUACCUUCCCCUCUCCGCUUCUGCGACCAAUUCUUCUUUUAUUUCCCUUUAAUUCGUUUCCUCAUGCUGUAAUUCUUGGCUUCUACUCGGAUCUUAUCCUCCUCAGCUGAGAUUUCAUUUUGACAGGGUAUUUUAAAUGAAUGAUGAUAGUGCAGAUGGAUAAAAUGUCGACAGCUCCUUCAUCCAGGGAGCGUGCACAGUGUCUUUAUAAGAAGAAUAUAGAGCUGGAAAAUAAUCGUAGGAAAUCUGCUCAGGCACGAGUACCCUCAGAUCCAAAUACCUGGCAGCAGAUGCGUGAGAACUAUGAGGCAAUAAUUCUCGAGGACCAUGCAUUUUCUGAGCAGCACAAUAUUGAAUAUGCUUUGUGGCAAUUACAUUACAAACGGAUUGAGGAACUAAGAGCACAUUAUAGUGCUGCCCUAACUUCUGCCAGGUCAAACACAUCUCAGGGCGUGAAAGUUCCCCCACGGUCUGACAGGCUUACAAAAAUAAGAUUGCAGUUUAAGACUUUCCUUUCUGAGGCAACAGGAUUUUAUCAUGAAUUGAUUUUGAAAAUCAGAGCAAAGUAUGGACUUCCAUUUGGGUAUUUCUCUGAUGAUUCAGAAAGCCUAAUUGUUAUGGACAAAGAUGGGAAGAAAUCUGCUGAGAUAAAAAUGGGUUUGGUGUCUUGUCACCGUUGUUUGAUAUACUUGGGAGACCUAGCACGGUACAAAGGAUUAUAUGGAGAUGGAGACUCUAAAACACGCGAGUAUGCAGCUGCUUCAAGUUACUACUUGCAAGCUGUGUCAGUUUGGCCCUUAAGUGGGAAUCCACAUCAUCAGCUAGCUAUAUUGGCAUCCUACUCGGGAGACGAGGUGGUGGCUGUUUAUCGAUAUUUCCGGAGUCUGGCAUUGGAUAACCCCUUUUCAACUGCUAGGGAUAACUUGAUUGUGGCUUUUGAGAAGAACCGUCAUAGUUGCUCACAGCUUACUCGAGAUGCUAAAACUUCCUUGGUCAAGGAGCCUGCAGUGUCGUUAUCGGGAAAAGGUAGAAGGAAAGCGGAAGCAAAACCUAUAUCUAAAGAAGCCAACAUGGAUUCAAGGCCUCCUAAGGAGAAAGAAUCUGGUACCCAGGAUAAUUUGAAGUCCUUCUGCAUUCGAUUUGUGCGUCUAAAUGGUAUUCUUUUUACACACACAAGUCCGGAGACUUUUGCAGAUGUUCUUAAAUUGGUUAGCCAUGAUUUAUGCGAACUUCUGUCUUCGGGGCCAGAAGAGAAAUUGAGUUUUGGCACAGAUGCUACUGAGAAUGCACUUUUCCUUGUUAGGUUGGUUUCAGUUCUCAUAUUUACAGUUCACAAUCUGAAGAGGGAGAGUGAAGCUCAAACAUAUGCUGAAAUUGUACAGUGUGCUGUGCUGCUUCAGAAUGCAUUGACAGCCAUUUUUGAGUUGAUGGGAUAUGUGGUAGAGAGAUGUUUGCAGCUCGGGGAUGUUUCUUCUAGCUACACCUUACCAGCUAUUCUGGUUUUUGUAGAGUGGCUGGCUUGCUGCCCGGAUGUUGCAACAGCUGACAGUGAUGUUGAUGAGAAACAGUCGAUUACUAGAUCACUCUUCUGGAAACAUUGCUUAUCAUUUCUAAAUAAGAUCUUGACAAUUGGGCCAAUGUGCAUCGAUGAUGAUGAAGAUGAGACCUUUUUCAAUAUGAGCAGGUAUGAAGAAGGAGAAACUGAAAACCUUCUUGCAUUGUGGGAGGACUUUGAGUUGCGAGGGUUCUUGCCUCUUGUUACAGCACAUAACAUUUUGGACUUCUCAAGGAAACGUUCCUUUAUAAGCGAUGGCGAUAAGGAAAAGAAAGCCCGUGUCAAGAGAAUUUUAGCUGCUGGGAGGGCUCUUGCUAGUGUCAUUAGGAUUGAUCAGAAAACUGUUUGUUUUGAUUCAAAAGCCAAGAAAUUUCUUAUUGGUGUUGAGCCUUGUGAAGGUGUCACAUUCGGGUCUUCUACCCUGCUGGUAGCAAAUGGCGUGGAACAUGAAACUCCCUCUGAGAAGAUUAAUAUUGGAAAUAUGCUGCCAACCGCACCUGGAAAUGUUGCGGAAGAUGAUGAUGAUGAAGUGAUUGUUUUCCAGCCUUCUGUGAGUGAAAAGAGAAUUGAGGUGAUCAAUUCUAACAGGCCUCCUCCUGAGACUUUGAAGCUUGAUCUAAGUAGUUGUGGAGGUGAUCGCAAUUUCUAUGGCAGUACCAUGUCUUCUCUUGAUAGUCUUCGCCAGCAUAAUACAUCUGAUGCUAGUCCUCCACUGCCUGCAUCUGUUGGUAGCAUUCACUCUCAGCAGUUGCAGCCUGUUCAGAUGCAUGCAUCUAGGUGGUCAGUGAAGGAAGCUACUUCAUUGUCUAAUAGUUUGAGGGCUUUGACAAUGUUGGAAAAUGGGCAUUUAACAAAACGUGUGAUGCAAGAUAAUCUAGGCCUUCCUCAUCCUGCUGCUCCCUCUUUUGCUAUCCAACAACCUAUCAAUACUAGUGCUGGCGGUAUGUACUACAGUCAGAAAAAAGUGGCAGAAACUGUGAUCCCAUCUGGAAUUGAUACAAUUGUGUCGUCUAGAGUUGCUGCUGAUGCUUUGGCUUCUAAAAAUACCUCAGCUUCACAAGUUGGGAUGCAUAAGAAUCCAGUUAAUGGCGCUGUUAGGCAUCUUGGCCCCCCACCAGGUUUUGGCCCUGUUCCUCCAAAGCCACCAAGUGAAUCUGUUUCUGUCUCAGAUUUGGAAACCCCUGUGAUGGAUGAUUAUAGUUGGCUGGAUGGAUAUCGGUUGGCAUCAUCAUUGAAAGGCUCUGGGCUUGAUAGUUCUCUCAAUUAUGCAUCUCAUGGAGAUUCCCUGUAUGUCAAUAAUAGUAGCAGUGGCACUGGAACAAUAAGCUUUCCUUUCCCUGGAAAACAGGUCUCAACGAUGCAAUUUCAAAUGGAAAAGCAGAACGGCUGGCAGGAUUACAAUACCCUUGAUCAUAAAAAAUUUCAACAUGAACAGAAGCUGCAGCAACAUCAAUUCAUGAAUGGAAACCAGCAGCAGUUUACCUCACUGCCUGAGCAGUUUCAAGGACAAUCAAUGUGGACAGGACGUUAUUUUGUGUGAGAUCAAUAUGCAAGUAUACAUGUUUUUGGGAAUGAUUCCUAUGAAUUUACUGCAUCCAUUUGCUGCCAAAGUGAACUCCAACUUUGAAGCAUUGUGGGCUUAUUUGUUGCUGCAUAGCUGUCCUUGGCUUCUACUUCUAGUGGGCACUUGCUGCUCAACAGGUUUUGCAUGAUGUGUGGAGAAAGAAUGAGGAAACCAUCUUCAAGAUGUGGAACUUUGAAGGAGCUAGUGCCUUAAGUGGUCACUUUGGGAUGGAGAUAGAGCGUGUUAAUAAGAGCGAUCUGUUGGUUUUGGGGGCUCUUGCUUGGGGAUUUGAUAGAAUAAACUUGGUUAACUAUCCUAUUAACUUUCCAAUGGUUCAAAGUCAACAGCAAGCAGGCAGUUGUAAUAUAUGUCUUUGCUGUGAAGCUCGACCAAUCCUCUCCUAGGUAUGUAGGAUCUGCAUAUCAGUGGGUUUGAGCAGUUGGGUUGGGAUUAUGGUGGUGGCAGAAUGUGUGGGUGAGAAUCGAGUGAUGUGUAUGUUGUUUGAUAUGGGAUUCGAAUACUUUUUUAUGUUAUCAGGGAUGGAUGAUGAUAAGUUGGGGUGGGUUCACUCCAAACAUUUUCUGUUAUGAAAUAAAAAGAAUGCAUGAUUUUCUCUUU